AUGGCUCUGGGAACCAGUUCUAUCAGUGCUGAAAGCUCGAGAUCAGAGAAACUCCUUAGUCUAAUCUGGGGAUGUCACCUAAACAGCAAGAAUCGAUCCUUCACAUUCAAUGUCUCAGAAGAGUGGUCAUAUGAGCAGCAAUUAGCUCUGAGGACGAUCUGCCUAGGGGAAAAUGCCAAGGAUGAAUUCAAUGUUGUGGAGAUUAUACCUCCGAAGGAUAGCAAGGACAGUACUCCAGUGCGCAUAGCAACCUUGAAACUUUCUGUGCUUCCAAUGGCUACCAUAGCAGGGCUUGAUUUGACUCCUCCUGUGACGUUUAGGCUAAAAUCAGGAUCUGGACCAGUCUAUCUUGCUGGACAACAUAUAAUAGCAGGAUUGCAAGAGAAUGGAGAGGAGGAAGAGGAAGAAUUAUCAUCACAGGAAGAUGAAGAGAUGGAGAACUCUUCCAAGGAAGAGUCUCUUGUCAAACUUGCCAAAAAGCCAUCUAAUAAACGCACUUCUACAGCCAAAAAAGAGCAGGAGCAGCCUAUUAAGGAGCAACCACAGGGAAAAAGGACAAACGAAGUGAGGAAAUCUGUUGCAAAGGGAGAACUGAGAAUUUGA